AUGAUUCUAAGAAGGUCGGCGACCUAUCUGACCAGGAGAAAGUUCAGUGAAGAGGCCCGGAAAGCCUUUGUAAAGGUUCGAAUUGAAAUUUUCAGUCUGUUUGCUUUACCAAAUGCUGAACUCUUUAUCAAUCAAUCGAAUCAAAUCAUUUAUUUUGUUGUUUUAGUCUGAUGUAAUCGACUAGGCGGUGAACAAGAACUUCAAAAGCUAUAACGAACAACCGUUGGCGAAAUAGAAGUCCGAACGUGUAGUCGAAAGAGUUGAAAGCAUAGUCUUACGGCCCUUCGCCUCGUUUCCUCUGCGCGUAGUCCAUCUAGUUGCGCCUUGACGAGCUCAGAAUGUAUUGGAUGGUGUAGCUGGAGCCAGGAGACCGUGCUCUAGGUGGAAGCCUCAGAAUGAGAGCGACCACUUCGAGUGAAGAUUUCACACGGAAUUAUUCAAGAAAAAGUCGAAAAAUCCAUGACUAACACGACUCGAACUGUGUAAGACUCGAACUUGUGACCUUUUUAAUCAAAACCAGGAGCCCAAUCCACUAGACCAUCUCAUAUUUAAGAGAGUUGCCGAAACGCCGACUACGAAGCAUCCCCGCCUUACAAACGACCAUGAAAAGUCUACAAUGGCGGUGAGUUUCUUUUUUAGCGUCAAAAAAAGGAGAGAGAACUUCGAAGGUAUUUUUUUGGUCGAAUAAACUUACAUUCUUAGGUGCUACUGCCUCUGGUUGAGGUCAAAGGCCGCCCUUCGAUCCUUCUAACGAAAAGAUCCGUUCAUCUGAGAUCUCAUCGAGGAGAAGUCUGCUUCCCGGGAGGGCGAGGCGAAGCUGGAGAGACUCCUGAGCAGGUCUUUACUUAAAAAAAAUAAUUCGAAUCUUUUGAGAAAUUUCUUUUUCACAGACUUGUGUAUAAAAUUUCAUAUGAAAGUUUAGAAUCCAAUUACCUUGUAGGCAUGAAAAUUUCCGGUUCUGAUUUUAUUUUUGACUUUCUCAAGCUAAUAAAACAAUACUUUGGCCAGCACAGGACUCACUAGUCCUGAAAAAUAAAUUUAAAAAAAUAAGAUAUGCAGAAAUUUUUUAACCUCUGAAGUUAGUUUAAAAAAAAGGUCUAGAGAGGUCGUAGGAAGAACUGAAGUUAGAAUUAAACUGAACUGAACAAAACUUGGCGGCCUUCGAAAAUGGUCUGCCCAUGUAGGAACCGAACCCACGAACUCGUGAUCAAUGGCCGCCUUUCUAACCAACUGCGCUAUCCUGCUUCAUAAACUGUAAUCGACCAAUGAUUCAUUUAUUCUUGUAUUAGAUGAACUUUCAAAGCAUUUUCUAACUUUUGGCGAACCAGAAGUCCAAACGUCUAAUUGAUCAUGUUGAAAGCAUGAUCCUACGGUCCUCCAUCUCGUUUUUCUGCGCGUAGUCUGCUGAGUUGUGCCUUAACGAGUGGAUUUUGUGGGGCUGGAGCCGGGGAAUCCUUGAAAAUGUAGCGGCUUCAAAUGAAGACUUCCCACGGAACUUCCUUUGCAGACAGCCCUACGAGAAACGACAGAGGAGAUCGGCCUCAGCGAGGACAACGUCGAAGUCUGGGGGCUGCUCCGCGGCGUCGUCACUCAGCAGCUGGACUCCUCGGUCACGCCGAUGGUUGGCUGGAUCCGCGAAGAGACCGCCUUGAGCAACCUCACCGUCAAUGCUGACGAGGUCCAGUCAAUCAAUACUUUUCUUCGAUCACUUCGAAGUAUAAAUUAUUUAACGGUUGAAGGUGAACCAAGAUUCAGAAGAACUCUUAAGCGUUUUUUCGUUUUUCCGAACGCCGGUAUGGCAAACCGGACGCUUCUGAGCCUUCGUAGUGAGCAUUUAAGAGGGCUGACGCCGCUAUAGGAAUCACGAAAUGGUCAGAAACGAACGAGGCGCGUCCGGUUUGCGUUACCAGGGUGCAAUUUAAUCUUCUCGCACAUUGGUAACGCGAAGCGGACGUUUCUGGGCCUUCUAGGGAUCACUUAAAAGUGGUGACGCUACUAAAGUACUCACUAGAAAUGCACAGAAACGUCCGGAGUACGUUCGUUUCGCGUAACCAAUGUCCGAGUUGGCAUGAAGAUCUUUCUCCUUAGAGCGCAUUUGCAGGUCCAAGCCGUAUUCUCAAUCCCACUCGAUGAAAUCGUCCGAAACGUUCGCUGCACUCGAUUCAUAAAUCCCAAACUCAAAUAUUGCCUUCCCGUUUUUCCGACCACCGAGUUUACGGUAAAAACUUCAGGGUAAAUUUUGGAAUUCAUUCAUUUGAAGGUCCAUUUCAACGCGCCAAACGAGUAUUUGCACCGGGAGCAGCGGGUCUGGGGCCUGUCCGCCGUGAUGCUCCACCAGGCCCUCACCAUGAUCAUGCCAGAGAAAUAUAACAGCGAUUUGAAGAUGAAGUUCUACUGA